AUGGCUAUGGUUCUAGAUGCAGUUAUUGGGAAAGUAGUGGAUGAACUUUUGAGUUCAGUUGUUGAAAUGAAGAACAGAGCUUUGAAGUUCAAAUCAACUCUAGAAAGAUUAGAAAAAACUCUCCAAUCAUUAGCACCAUUGAUCACUCAAAUAGAUGAACUCAACAAGAAACUGGAUCGACCGGCUACAGAAACAGAGAGACUAAUCAAGCAAAUGAAAGACGGGAAAGAACUCGUGCUCAAAUGUUGUGGUCAAGACAAAAUCCAGUGGUGGAAUUGUUGUUACAAAAAGGCAGAAUAUCAACAAGAGCUUGAAGAGUUGGAUGGUGAGAUUAGAAGAUUUUUUGAGCUUGAUUUGAGAGCUCAAGAUGCGAGGAAUGGGUUGGAAGCACUUUUGGAGAUUAAGGAGUUUCAUGCUGAGUUUAGAAGUGUUGGGUUAAGGAAUGAGAGAAUUGAAUUAAGGGGUGUUUGUUUGCCUCCUCAACCACCUGGUUUUACUGUUGGGUUGGAUGGGCCUUUGAAUGAGUUGAAGAUGAGGUUGUUGAAGGAUGGGGUUAGUGUUUCUGUUGUUACGGUUACUGGUUCCGGUGGUUCGGGGAAAUCUACAUUGGUGAAAAAGUUUUGUUGGGAUGAACAAGUAAAAGGUAAAUUCAAGGAUAAUAUCUUCUUUAUUACAUUUGCAAAAACACCAAAGCUGAAUGCUAUAGUGCAGAAACUGUUUCAACACACUGGCUACCAAGUUCUCGAUUUUCAAAGCGAUGAAGACAUGUUUAACCAAUUGGCACAAUUGAUGAAACAAAUUGUGAAAAAUGGUCCGAUAUUGUUGGUCAUAGACGAUGUUUGGCUAGGAUCGGAAUCACUUGUGGACAAGUUUGUGUUUGAGAUUCCAAACUACAAGAUUUUAGUGACAUCAAGAUUUGCAAUUGGAAGAUUCGGACAUCCAUUCGUCUUGAAACCACUUUCGGACGCAAAUGCUAUAAACCUGUUUAAGCAUUCAGCUUCCUUAACUAAAAGCAACUCAGAUAUUCCUGAUGAUGUUGUGAAAGAGAUAGUAAGAGGUUGUAGCGGUUCUCCCUUAGCGCUUCGAGUGAGUGGAAGAUCGUUGAGUAACGAACAACAGAUAGUUUGGCUUAACAGGGCUAGGGAAUUAUCAGCUGGUGGCACAAUUCUCGAUUCUAAUACCGACGUACUUUCAUGUCUCCAAAAGAGCUUAGAUGUUUUGGAUCCAAAGUCCAUGGAUUGUUUUCGAGACUUAGGCUUAUUCCCUGAAGAUCAGAGGAUCCCUGUCGCUGCCCUUGUUGAUAUGUGGGCCGAACUAAGGAAUGAUGAUGAUGCAACUGCAAUAGAGCGAAUCUAUAAACUGGUUAACCUCAACUUAGCUGAUAUUAUUGUCACAAGGAAAGUUGCAAGGGGCGCAAUUGACUACAACUACCAUUAUGUUACACAACACGGUCUUCUUCGUGACCUAGCCAUCUGUAAUAAUAGCCAAGCUCCUGAGGAUAAGAGGAAUAGACUCAUAAUUGAUACAAGUGCAAAUAAUCUUCCCUCGUGGUGGACUUCAGAGACUGAAUAUCACAUUGCAGCUCGCGUUUUAUCUAUAUCAACUGAUGAAGCAUUCCCUUCGAAAUGGUGUAACUUGCAACCAACUGAAGUUGAGGCUUUCGUGUUAAACCUUAGAGAAAAGAAGUGCACACUACCGAUGUUCAUGAAGAAAAUGAACAAACUAAAAGUUUUAAUAAUCACAAACUAUGACUUCUAUCAAGCUGAAUUAGAGAAUUUCGAGCUUCUCAACCAUCUAUCAAGUCUAAGACGAAUCAGAUUAGAAAAAGUCUCGAUUCCUUUACUCGGAAAAACAAUAGUGCAACUGAAGAAUCUUCAGAAGUGUUCUUUCUUUAUGUGCAAUGUGAAUGAAGCAUUUAAGAAUUGCACUAUCCAAGAUUCAGAAGUUUUGCCAAAUUUGGUGGAGAUGAAUUUCGAUUACUGUGACAUGGUGGAACUGCCAAAUGUGAUUUCUUACAUUGUAUCCCUAAAGAAGGUUAGUAUUACAAAUUGUCAUAAGCUUCGUGCACUUAACGAAGGAAUUGGAAAAUUGGUUAAUUUGGAAUCACUAAGGUUAAGUUCAUGUAGUGGUUUAUCAAAGUUGCCAGAUUCAAUCACAAAUAUUCAUAGGCUAAAGUUUCUUGACAUCUCUGAAUGCAUAAGCCUUAGUCAAUUACCUGAGAAUAUAGGUGAGUUGGAGAAACUAGAAAAUCUGAAUAUGAGAGGUUGUUCGAGUAUAAGUGAAUUGCCAUCAUCGGUUAUGGAACUUGAGGGAUUAAAGCAUGUGGUGUGUGAUGAAGAAACUGCUGAAAAAUGGGAACCUUUUAGGACCAUUCUUGGUGAUCUAAGGAUAGAGAUUGUUCAAGAAGAUUUCAAUUUAGAUUUUAUUUAUAAUCAGUAG